GGGACUUUAAAAGAGAGUAAAUACUGGACAGUCUGCAGAGGCAUUGAUCUGGUCUUGUGGCCCGCGGCUGCUUUUGGGGGUGCGACUUGCUCAGGUAUGCCUCUUCAGGAAUGGAUGCGGUCGCUCCGCUCACACGUAGGACUCAAGAGAUCCGAACUGGAGGACCUCUGGAGCCUUCUUCCAUCUGUGCCCGUGUCCUCCAUCUCUCUGUCCACGUCCUCUUUGCUGGGUUUAGGAGCUCUGGCCUCUGUCACAGCGUACUGGCUGGUGACCCGUCCUCGGCCGCUGCUGCCCCCCUGUGAUCUACGGGCCCAGUCUGUGGCUGUCGGUGGAAAUCCGAGCUGCAGGAGGUCAGCUCUUCUCAAAGAUGACACCCUGCUGGAGUUUUACUAUGACGAUGUGAGGACGGCUUAUGAUUUGUUCCAGAGAGGCCUCAGUAUCACAGGAAACGGCCAGUGUCUGGGUUACAGGAAACCAGGUCAGCCCUAUGAGUGGAUCUCCUACACCGAGGUGGCUCAGCAGGCUCAGUGGAUCGGCUCUGGCCUCUUGGCAAAAGGCUGCCUUCCCAAUCCGCAGCAAUACAUUGGUAUAUUUGGGCAAAACAAGCCUGAGUGGGUCAUUUCAGAACUGGCCUGCUACACUUACUCCAUGGCGGUGGUUCCUCUGUACGACACGCUGGGGGUAGAGGCCAUGGUCCACAUCAUCAACCUCGCUGAGAUGACACUGGUGAUCUGUGACCAGGAGCACAGGGCAGCAUAUCUGCUGGACUACAAGGAGAAGGGCUUGACUCCAAAAAUGUCCUGCCUGGUUCUGUUCACCAGCUUCAGCCAGGCCUUCGCCGAGAGGGCAAAGAAGUGCGGGGUGGAGGUUUUGGGGCUGGAUGAGCUCAUGGAUGUGGGAAGGCAGAACCUCAGAGAUCCAGUGCCGCCCCAGCCUCAGGAUCUGGCAGUGGUUUGCUUCACCAGUGGAACCACAGGGAAACCCAAGGGAGCCAUGAUCACCCACGGCAACAUCGCCUCCAAUACUUCCUCUGUCAUUAAGAUCCUGGAGGGAUGUUUUGUGAUCCACCAGGACGAUGUGUCAAUCUCUUACCUGCCACUCGCUCAUAUGUUUGAGAGGAUGAUUCAGCUCACAAUGUUCUGCUUUGGAGCCAGUGUAGGGUUUUAUCAAGGGGACAUCACUCUUCUUAUGGAUGACAUGAAGACUCUCAAACCCACCUUCCUCCCCGUCGUGCCUCGUCUACUCAAUCGCAUCUAUGACAAGAUCCUGGGCUCCGUGAAGUCCCCGCUCGGAAGGGCUCUGCUUCACUUUGCCGUGCAGAGGAAGCAGGCGGAGCUCAGCAGAGGGAUCAUACGCAACAACAGUCUGUGGGAUAAGCUGAUGUUCAACAAGAUUCAAGCGAGUAUGGGAGGUAACCUGCGCUUCGUCCUGACAGCCUCAGCACCCAUCUCCUCCACGGUGCUGUCCUUCCUCAGAGCCACUUUAGGCUGCAUGAUAUUUGAAGGCUACGGACAGACGGAGUGCACCAGUGGGUGCACAUUCUCCAUGCCGGGGGAUAGCAGCACAGGUCACGUUGGUGCUCCUUUACCUUGUGCCAUGGUGAAGGUGGUGGACAUAACCGAAAUGAAUUAUUUGGCUAAAAAUGGAGAGGGAGAGAUUUGUAUUCGCGGCCCGAGUGUGUUCAGAGGCUACCUGAAGGAUCCGGAGAGAACGGCCGAGGCUUUGGACAGCGAGGGCUGGCUUCACACGGGGGACGUGGGCCAGUGGCUAAAAAAUGGCUGUUUGCGAAUCAUCGAUAGAAAAAAGCACAUCUUCAAGUUGUCCCAGGGAGAGUACAUUGCCCCAGAAAAGAUAGAGAACAUCUACGUGCGUUCUGCUCCGGUGCUGCAGGUGUUUGUGCACGGAGACAGUUUACAGUCGUAUCUGGUUGGGAUUGUUGUGCCUGACCCAGAAGUUUUCAUUGACUGGUGUAAAGAGAGGGGGUUCAUGGGGUCCUACGAGGAACUCUGCCAAAAUCCUGAUGUUAAGAAUGCAGUUUUGGAGGACAUGAGACGAGUGGGGAAGGAAGCGGGGUUGAAGUCCUUUGAACAGGUAAAGGAUCUUUAUUUGCAUCCGGAGAUGUUCAGCAUCGCCAACGGACUUCUCACGCCAACCCUGAAAAGCAGACGCAACGACAUCCGCAAAGUCUUCCAGGAACAGCUGUCGAGCAUGUACAGCAAGAUGCCACUUUGACUCGACAGUAACAUCCGUUAAGGGAAAAACCAUCAACCGAGAAAACAGUCCCCAAAUUCCUGUAGUGCAUCAAACAGAAAGCUUCCUGUUGAACAUGCUGUUGCUUUAAGAGAGAUUUUUUUUUUCCUUUAAUCUCAGUUUUCUUUCCAUUUAAAGUUAACUCCAUGACUCACAAGACAACGUUUUGGGAACACUAAUUCUUUAAUUGUAGAAUCACAUAAAAAAGGUCAUAAAAUUAACAUUUUCUUUACAUUGCACUAUUUUCCUAAGGGAAUGUGGCAUGUGUACAUGGUUCUCAUAAAAUGUGCAUUAACUGGAGGUUUGUACGCUACAGCUGUAUUAGCUAAUCAUGUAAAUGACUAUAAUUCUCCAUAAACAAACUGGAAAAAUUGGCAUUUUAAUCUGCAGAGAAUUGUAAUAAAUAAAAAGAAUAAUCUAUUACAACUGGAUUUUUUUUUUACUUUAAAAUAUCUAUUAAGAAAUUAAUUUUGUACUCAUCUUAUAUUACAUGAUUGCUUUUGGUGCUAAUUAAAUAAAGAUUGUGAUAAAUUUCACUGAAAGUUGAUGAAAAAUUACAACCAAAAUGUUUUCACAAAUCACAAGUGAUCCCCCAGCAUGAAAAAAGAUUUAGCAGUUCCUUCAAGGAUGUAAAA